AUGGUGCCGAUAGCGACAGCAGACCUUGGUGAAGGCACCAAUGUCUCAAAUUCAGACGUGUACCCUGCCAAAAAUGCAGAUGUCAAGCUACGAGAACUUUGGACCAGACAUGGAGAUCCUCAAAGUGAAAGAUAUACCAAUCCCGAGCUAGACAGCCUCGCAGCACUUGUUCGAUAUAACGCUCGUAUAUAUCCUGACCAGGUCGCAUAUCUGGUGCCUAGAGGACAAUCGUUCGAUAAACUGACAUGGAGCGAAUUUGAUGCUCUCACAGACCUUUCAGCUGCCCACUACGCGAAAUCAUUCACCUUCAGAAUCGAUAUUCAAGGCGCUAAGUUCUGCCAGCCGACCAUUGCCUUGCUAGGCGUCGGGAACACGUUCGACUAUUGGGUUGCCCAGAUCGGCCUUUGCAAAUUAGGAGUUCGGCUGCUACUCUUGAGCGACAAAAAUGCUGACGUUGCCCGAGACCAUCUCCUCGACGUAUGCAAUGCUAUUGGAAUGGUCACUGAAGCUAAGCUUCAAAACACCCUAGACCAUCUGAGCAUCCAGGUCGUCACAAUGCCAAGUCUUGCAGAACUUCGGACCGUCGUGCCAUCAGAUUGGAAAUUCGAAUGUGAGGAUCCAUGGAACCAACAAGCAAUGAUAAUCCACUCAAGUGGAUCGACUGGUCUUCCGAAGCCAAUUAUUCAUACCAAUCGAAGUCUGAUGCUCAUUGCGCGGAUGUAUCGACUCUUCCAAAGCUUUGUAGUGGAGAAUUGGUAUAACUGCUUUCCAUUGUUCCACAUUGCUGGCGUUUCGAUUAUUCUCGGAGGUCUGCCUUCAGCUUUACCAACGACAUUCCCUCCUGAGAAUUGGCCGCCGUCCCCCGGCGCGAUGCUCUCUGCCUGGCGGAAACUGGACGAUAUCGGCCAUCCGGCAGACUGCUUGCAUUGCGCACCUUCUGUCAUUGAGGAUCUGUACGAGUACUUAUCUAUGGAGGAAGCAUCGAGUUACUCUGAUCUACUCAAACUGAAGAUCCUCCAGCCAGGCGGUGCUGCUUUGUCAUCUGUCUUGCUUAAGAAGCUGACCGACAUGGGGGUGAAUGUAAAGACAACAUACGGGUCGACAGAGAUUGGACCACCAUUUCGUACCAUUCCAGACACUAGGGACAAUCCGAGAUGCUACAACGUACGUUCUCUCUUUCCUGAUAAUCCACUGGUCGAAAUGGAACCUCAAGGCGAAGGUCUUUUCGAGUGUAUUGUGUAUAAGGGCUUUCCUCUGGCAGCCGAACUUUGGCAAACACCUGACGCUCCCAAUCCUUACCGCACGAAUGACCUCUUUGAAGAGAACCCUCCUGGUAGUGGACUCUUCGUCCUACAAGGCAGGAAGGAUGAUAUCGUAAUCCAUUCCAAUGGCGAGAAGACCAACGCUUUGCCGUUACAGAUGACCUUGGAGGAGUGCCACUCAGACGUCUUGAAAGUUGUGGUGUUCGGCACUGACUAUCCAUGCACUUCUGCUGUUGUUCAGUUGUCAGCGGAUAACAGCAAUCCGGACCACGAGGGUAUUCUUAGGUCUCUCGAAGGAGCAUGCAAAGCUUUCCCUGUGUAUUCUCAGCUGGAUAGGUCUAUGGUAUUGAUCCUGCCUCGCGGUACAGCACUGCCUGUCACGCCAAAGGGAAAUGUUCGCCGCAAAGAGGCGUGGAAAUUGUUCGGCGACCGAAUCGAUCAGCUAUACACAAGCUUACUAAAUGGUGAUUCGCAAGAUGCGGAGGUCACCACAUUGUCGAAUCUCGAUCACGAAAGCUUUGUCCAACAAUGUGUGGCCAACGUCUUCAAGCUCACUGCUGAGAAAAUCAAGCGCGAUGUCAGCUUUUAUGACCUAGGUCUCAAUUCACAAAUGGCUGUUCGAUUACGACCUUUAUUGACCAGACGUUUCGGUAAAUUUCCGCUAAUGUAUGUCUUUGAGUACCAUUCGGUGGAAAGACUGGCACAUGCUCUAUCAUGCAAACAGCAAGGUCAAAACUCCAAGCGCCCUUCAAAGGACCAGUUUACCUGGAUACAUGGCAUUAUCAACCAAUACUCUGCUAAGAUGCAAUCCUGGUCAAGGCCUGUCUCAAGAUCGCAAUGCGUUGAUGGCCAAGUAGUCUAUUUGACCGGCGCGACUGGUGCGUUAGGCAAUGCUCUGAUCGCUGAGCUGGUGAUGAACCCGCAGAUUAAAAACAUCUAUUGCGCCGUCAGAGGAUCCAAUGCUCGGGAGAGGCUGGCAGAUCAGCUUCAAAAUCGAGGCUACGCUCAGGAAAUAUCCAAAAGCAACAAAGUCAUCACAAUACCCUACGACAUGGCUUGUAUUACUCUUGGGCUCAAUCAAAAGCAGUAUGCCGAUCUUGCAUCUGAAGUGACUACAGUCAUACACAACGCAUGGAAGAUGGACUUCAACCAGAGAGUUGACAUGUUUGAGAAAGAUUGUCUUAGAGGGUCACUGAAUCUGAUGCGCUUUUGUCAGGAGUCAGUCACGAAGCGUUUUGUCUUCACAAGUAGUGUUGCCACAAACAUGGGCAAGGCAGCUGCCACUAGAUCGAUCCCUGAAGCACCGAUCGCGGACGAUCCCAACCUUGCUCUUGAGACCGGCUACGCUCAGAGCAAAUUCAUAAUCGAACGACUCACUCAGGAGUACUCCAAGAUCACGAAGUCUCCGGUUCAGAUCUGCCGUGUUGGUCAGCUUUGCGGCCACACCACUCUGGGCUCGUGGAACAGCUCUGAGAUGUUUCCCAUCAUGGUAGCUACUGGAUUAAAAAACCUUGGCGCCAUGCCGACGUUUGACAAACAGCAAGUGGACUGGCUUCCUGUCGAUGUAUGCGCAAACGUCAUCGGUACUCUAAUCUCCCACACGAUGCCAGAGGAUGGUUAUUCCCUUCACAAUCUUGUGAAUCCUUCCUCAAUCUCAUGGUCGGAGUUUCUCGACGCACUUGAACUUGCUUCCGGUUCUCGCUUCGAACGAGUCGACAUGGGCGAGUGGGUAAACCGAUUGCAAGACAAGAGCAGCGAAGACGAUACAGUGCCUGGAGCCAAGCUAUUAGGAUUUUUCGAAGCCAUGGCGGAAGAAGAGCAAGUAGGGGUCCAUUUCGAUACUUCGGAGACUGCUGCACUGGUGCCCAAGUUGAAAGACUGUACAGCUGUCAACGAGACCCUGCUGAGAUUGUAUCUGGAGAAAUGGCGAUCGGACAGAUUCCUGUAG